CACAGGAAUUUGGGUUGAUUACGCCAGGCUAGAAAAGGAAAUCCCGAGCGAUCCACUUUGUUUGCCAGUUUAGAGUUUGACCCCGUUGGCUUAGGGUCCACUAAUCUUGAUGGGCGAUUAGGUCCGCCGGCAUUAUGACACCCAAACGGAAGCGUCGCGGACGCAGCGAGCUGCGGGCCAGGAGCAAAGCCAAAGGACAGUCGCAGGCAGAGCACUUGCAACUGCUCGAGGAGCUGGAUUUGACCGACAGCUGCUGCGAGAUCUGCCACUGCGACUGCUACAGCUCCCACAGCAGCAACUCGGCGAGUGGGCGUGGCGUCCAGAGGCAGGAGAGCCUUAAGGAGCUGUUGCAACUGGACAGGGACAUCCAGGCCCUAGAGCAGCUGCAGCGCCGAGAAAGUGCCAAGGGCAAACGGAGUGCCAGCAGCCAGGGCCACAGAAGCGCCUCCAGGUCGCCAAGGGGGAAGGCCUCCCACAGCAGACGGGGAUCCGUCGAGUGUCAGAGGAGGAAUACGGACUCCGGUACAAGUCGGCGGUCGAAGAGCGCGGGAAGCCGCAGGAGUCACUCGAGGGAGAAGCAGCCUCAGCAGAAAGUUGAACCUUCUCCUCAGGACCGACGACGGCGUGGCGCCCAGAGGGAUUGCAAGAUGCUCCAACAAUUCCUGAGUCCAUUGAGCGACGCUCCCGCCUUGUCCAUCAUCGGACGGGCCAAGUCGAAGUCGCAGGACAACAUGGCCCAGGUGGCGGUCCAGCAGCAGGCCAAGAAGAGCUCGCUGUGCGCCUCGAUGGCCAACUUGUGCCUGGCGCCCACGGUGAAAGCCGCCUUCCAGCUGGUGCCCACCCACGACCAGAAGAUCCUCAACCGCAUGGCGGGGAAGCGGAGCCAGCAGGCGGCCGACAAGGAGACCGCCUGGCUGGCGCGCAAGUUCUGGGAGAACGAGCGACUGGAGCGGCAGCUCCUGCGGGUGGAGCAGCUGGAGGCCUACAAGCAGGCGGUGCACGACAAGCAGUUCCAGGACUACCUGGUGACCAAGGCACGGCUGCAGGCUCUGGCCGAGCGGGAUCUGGCCGAGCUGAAGCGUCUCCGAGGCGCCCUCGACGCCAAGGACGCUGCGGCCAGGAAGCGGCUGGAGGCCCGCCGCCUGGAGCGGGACCUCAAUCUCUGCCAGCGGAGGUGCGAGGAGCUGCGUCGCAGCGAGGCGGUAACGGUGCAGCAGGAGGAGCAGCACCUGGAUGAGACGCUGCGCAAGCGCGACAUUUGCAUGCGGCUCACCCAACGGCUGCGGCGGGCGGACGAGCUGCGCGGCCAGCUGCUGGAGGCGUACCUGAAGCGGAUGCAGCACGACAACUACCUGGAGCAGCUCCACCACGAGGAGCACUGGCGGGAGCGGCAGCAGGAGGAGCGGCUGCGCAGGGACCAGCUCCGCGAGGACAUCGAGCGCAAGCGCCACCAGUCGCAGCGCUUCGUGGAGUGUCGCCAGCGACGCCAGGACGACCGCUUCCGCACCGCCAAGAUCUCGGCCAGCCUGCGCGAGCUGGUCCGCCAGUCGGUCACGCCCGAAGGGGCGGUCAGUGGUGCGGCGGGUCAGGAUGCCCCCGUCCUCAACUCCUACGCCCAGCAGCAGGUGCAGCUGGGUCGCCUGCUCUUCGAUCAGUCCUCGAGGGAAUGA